UCAAAAAGGCGUUGAUUGACUAUGUGUUUGACUCACAGUUCAACAUUAAGAUGACGAAGUCAUCAACAACGAGAUUCUCAGCUAAUUGUAGGCAUAAAAAGUGUAUGUGGAGGGUGUAUUGUACGCUUGAUACGUCGUUCAACAAGUGGGUGAUCAAGACUUAUCAUCCAACACACAACCACCAUCCAAAUGGACAUGCACCGAUGGUGAAUAUGUAUCACAUUGCUGAACGUUUCAAAGAGGACAUGAGGAGAAACCCACGACUAAGAGCUGUUGAUAUAAGAGUGGGGUUGUUAGAUAGAUAUGGAUUGAUAAUGUCGAAGAGCAAAUGCUCUAAAGCUCGCCGUGUUGCGUCAAAAAUGGUUACGGAAGAACAAAAGGUACAAUUUGCGAAGUUAUGGGAUUACGAAGCUGAGCUUCGGAGGUCAAACCCAAACAUAACCACUGAAAUCGGGUUAAAGACAGAAGAAGGUGAAGAAGUCUUUGAUCGGUUUUAUACAUGUUUCCAUGUAUUACGUGAUUCGUGGAAAAAAUGUUGUCGACCUAUCAUUGGAUUGGAUGGCUGCUUUCUGAAAUGGGAGUUGAAAGGAGAACUUCUAGCAGCCGUUGGAAGGGAUGGUAAUAACGGUAUCUAUCCCAUUGCUUGGGCAGUUGUGCGCAUAGAGAGCAUUGAGACUUGGUUGUGGUUUAUUCAGAAACUGAAAUCUGAUUUGGCACUCGGUGAAGGAGAGAAAUUAACAAUAACUUCAGAUAAGCAGAAGGGCUUGUUGAAUGCUGUGGAACGCGAGUUGCCAUUUGCCGAACAUCGAAUGUGUACUCGUCAUGUUUAUGCGAACUGGAGGAAAAACUUUAAGGAUUCUGCGUAUAAACGCAUCUUUUGGAACAUUGCUGCAAGUUACCACCAAGCUCAUUAUGACGCAUAUCUUGAAGAAAUGAAACAGAUCAAUGAACAAGCAUAUGAAGCUGUUUUACAUGCAGAACCGCACCAAUGGGCUCGAUCCUUCUUCAAGUCUGACUCGCACUGUGAAGACGUGGUCAACAAUCUAUCUGAGAGUUUCAACAUGACUAUCAGGGAUGCACGUUUGAGGCCGAUGAUAGAUAUGCUGGAGAUGAUUCGUAAACAAAUAAUGCAUCGCAAUGCCAAACGGUCAAGAUAUGCAACUAGAUGCAGUACUGAGUUCACUCGUCAUUGUAUGAAGAAAUUAGAACAAUCCCGUCAAAAAACAAGGUUUUGUACUAGUAUACCAAGUGCACGUGGACAGUAUGAAGUGGAAGAGUUCGGCAUGAGUUUUUCGGUUGAUCUUGCCGGAAAGUGUUGUGCUUGUCGGGAGUGGGAUCUGAGGGGGAUUCCUUGUCAACAUGCAUUGUGCAUCAUAAAUGAGAAGCAAGAAGAUGUUUCAAAGUACAUAUCCGAGUACUAUAUGAUAUCAAAAUGGGUUCAGAUAGACAACCAAGAUCCUCAUCUAAACAACACAUCAUGAGGAUCUUGUUAAGUUGAACCUUUGUAUUUUUGUUGUUAGUGGUUGAAGAGAAGGUAUUUUUUGGUAUGGUUGAACCGUUAGUGGUGUUUAGUGGUUGAAACUGAAUAUGUUUUUGGGAUGUUAAAUCUGAGAUUGUUUUUGGGGUGUAGUUCAAAAAGCCGUUGGA